AUGUCCCAGUAUAAUCUUCUAAGUGCACAAGUAGAAGAUAUGAUUAGGAAAGCCAAAUCAAAUUACUAUCAAUAUAAAGCUAAAACAUUCCGCACAUCUGACCCUGCUAAAUGGUACAAAGCAAUUUAUAAUCUGUCCGGAGUAAGUAGUCAGCAUGAAGGCCUAACAGUAAACUCCAUGGGUAGCGAGGCCGCUUUAGCAGAAAAAUUUCAAAUAUCCUUUACUGAACCAUGGAAAGACCUAAUUACAACAAGUAUUCCCCAACUAGAUGAAGUUGAGUCACUUCUCAAAAACUAUCCUCCCCCUCUACCUAGUAUUGGCCAGAUUAAGAGCGUUCUAAAUCACCUUAAUCACUCGAAACCAAAGGGAGCCGAUGGUGUUCCAGCAUGGUUACUUAAACGAUUCUCUAGCGUUCUAGCGCCGAUUGUUCAUAACAUCAUUACGGCUAGCAUUAAACAGUGUAAGUAUCCAAGUCAUCACAAACAUGGCCUGGUCACACCUGUGCCUAAAGCAUACCCACCAACGGACGGUAGUAACGAUUUUAGAUAA